UCAGCAUACCUGGCCCUUCUCACUGCAUUGUUUUGCCACACCGCGUAAUAAAGUAGGCGCGGUGCUCCCGUUGAGGGCAGGCCCGCACAGGUGAAUGUUUCUGCACAACAGCAGGAAGACGGAAUCACAUACAACUUUAACCUCACGUGAGUUGCAUCAGGUUUUGACAGACUGAAAGUAGAUGGCAUUCCUGGGGGAGGAUUAUCUGACUACACACCAGUUCUGAGCAGUGCUGUCACGUUCUCGCUACCUUGACACUGGCUGAAGGUCUGUCAACUGCAGAGAAAUGGAGUGUCAAUGUGAAAAGGAGGAUGCUGUUACAGGCUGGUGGCAGACUAGCAACAGCGUCCAGAUGGGAGCUUUUACUGUGGUGGGGUAUCUUCUCUACAGAUUCUCACAGACACUCCCAGCUCUGAUCAGAUGGCCGAUUCGUCUGUUCUGCUCUCUAACUGGUCUGUCAAGUCUUUGGAGCUGGGUGAGCCGCCUAGUGGGAACCUUUCGUGGAAUGCGGAGGCUGUAUAAAUGGCUGGUUGCUGUCAUCAAAGCAAUCACAGGGUCAGAGAUAGAUCCGACCAGCAGCAGUCCCAACAAACCGGGCCUGAGACUGAUCCUCCUGGGGCCCACUGGUGGAGGACGGACCUCCCUGGCAGAUGCUUUGUUGAGCAAUAGUGAGACAAAGGCACCCAUGGGUCCCCUAAUGGAGAGCACCAAGAGAAGGACAGUAAUGGAUGGUAGAGAGGUUACAGUGAUCGACACCCCAGAUCUUUUGGGGCUGUCAUUGGAGAACAACGAGAGAGCCAGGGAAGCUCUGAGGAGCCUUCAGCUGGCCAGUCCUGGACCGCACGCCUUCCUGCUGGUAAUCCAAGCUCCGGGCUCCAGCAUGGGGAUCAACCAGGAUGCGGCUCAGGCGAUCCGAGCCACCCUUGAACUGUUUGGAGACGGGGCAGUAGGGUACAUCAUCCCAGUGCUCACUCAUGCAGACCGUCUUGGUCGAAGGCGUACUGUAGAUCAGCUGCUGAAUGUGGACGCUGGGGGUCUGAGAAAGGCUCUGUCUCUAUGCGACCAGAGGCCAGAGCUGGUGGACAACAGGCCAGGCUGCCCCCCAGAGGCGCAGAGUGUGAUGAGCAGGAAGCUGGUGGGGCGUGUGAUGGAGAUGAAGACACUGAGGGGGCAUUUCGUCCACGAGCUGCAGAGGAGGGAGGACCGCGUGAGGGAGGAGCUGCUAGCUGACAUGGCCUCUGCACUGGCUAGAAAUCUGGGACGCAUGUAAAUAAAAGAGGGAGAAGAGAGAUGGUUGUGUGUGUGUGUGUGUGUGUGUGUGUGUGUGUGUGUGUGUGUGUGUGUGUGUGUGUGUGUGUGUGUGUGUGUGUGUGUGUGUGUGUGUGUGUGUGUGUGUGUGUGUGUGUGUCAGACAGAGUUGUUGGGGCAGUGAAAUAUUGAUUCAAGUGUUAAACAUGCAUUUUGAGUUAAAGUGCAAGCAUUCUUUGCCUGAGGUAUUUUUUUGUCAAUCUGCUGGUUUACCACUGUCCAAAUGAAUUUACUACCACUAGCCGCCUAUUGGUUUUCAACAUGCCACAGAUGCUUUUGGUUAGAUAUCAGGCUCACACACACUUAAUUUUCCCAUUAUGAUGUGUUGUAAUUCUUCGAUGUCUGUUUAUUCCUUUGUAUAGGCCUGUGCCUCGUGUUUUCUUACUCUGCUCCAGUGCUCAGCCCUCCCCUAUCUUUCAUAAUUUAUAAGAGAUAUCAAACUUUAAAGAUGACCAGGGAAAAUAAACUGAAGUCAUAUUGGGACUAGAGUUCAGCAGUGCUGUACUGCUCAAUGCGCUCUGUGCUUUCUCCAGAAGCUUCUGAAACAGCAUUUAAACCAAAAAAUGAUUAAAUAUGAACAAGCUCAAAUUUAAUUGCAGGUUUUAUAGACUGAUCAGAAAAAAAUCUUCAUUAUAUUGGCAACAGUGAAAUAUGACAUAAUAUCAGUAAAUCGAUAUAUCAGUCUAGCUUUAAUUGUGAAAUAUUAAUAUCAUGUGUAUAUUCUGGUGCAGUGUAAACCCACUUUAAAUGACUAACUUUUCAUUAUGAGAAUUGAGGUUGCCCACAUUUUUGGGUAGAAAUAAUAAAUAAAUCUCAAUGACCUGAAACACAAAGACACGUGUAAAGCAGUGGCCCUGUGGUUAGAGAGAACAUUCAGCUAAACAGAACAGACAUUCAACAGACCAAUCAGGUUCCUCAUGGGCAUGACGAUGUAUAAACUUUAGCAUAGGAAAAAAUAACACCCACUGUUGUUCUUUUGCCAAGCGUGACAUCUGACCUGAGAAAAGGAGAAAAUAGUAUUAAAGGAACAAAAUGGAAU